GCUGUCUACGCUGUGGGACUACCCGGCGUUGCUUCGGCUUUUGGACUCCCUGGACAUCAAGAGAUCCCACGCAGAGCCGCUCUUGCGGGCCCUCACUGCAAAGGUGGUUCAAGCCCCUGCUGGCGACACCUGGGGCGAUGUCGGAGUCACCGAGCAGACUCUGGUUGACUUGGGUCUGCCCAAGAGGGCGGCAGAGGUCCUCGAACGGAGCACGCCCUUCGGGAACAAGCUGGCCACGGCUGUCACCUCCGCAGACGGCUCCACGACGAAGAUGGUCUUCGAGCUGCAUGAUGGGCACAAGGUUGAAUCGGUUGUGAUGCGUCACGAUGAUCGGACGACCAUUUGUGUGUCCUCGCAGGUUGGAUGCCAGAUGGGCUGCACUUUCUGUGCUACGGGUACUAUGCCAGUCGUGGGCGAUCUUGACGCGGGAGAAAUAGUUGAGCAGCUCUUGGCGGCCCAGCGCUUCGAAUCCUCGGCCAACCGCCCUGCCGUGCGCAACGCGGUGUUCAUGGGCAUGGGCGAGCCGUUGAACAACUACGAAGCUUGGCAGACCCGCUUUCAGCAUCUUCGCGUCUAG